GCUGUACGUGGUUAUGGCGACCACCCGUUAAUGGUAGUUGCCAUUUUUGCAGAUAUAUUUUCAGCUGUAUCGGCGCGAAUCUGAGUUUUAUGGAAGGACUUUUACAUGAAAGUUUGAAAUGAUUCAUAUAUGAUAUUGAACUUGAAAUUACAAUGGCCUUCAGGAAUUCAGCGUGUCUGCAAGCAUUGUUUGUAUGAAUUUGUUGGAGAAUUAGACGUGAACAAUGGCAAGACUUGGGGAUGUUUUCGGCGUCCAAGAAAUGACGAACUGGUUGAAGGCAUGGCUGGCAUUGAACAUCACAAAGGAUGGGUUGCAUGAGUUCGUUGACAGAGAAGUAAAACAGUUUCAGACAGGAAUAUAUCAAAACAUCACGUCAACAUUAGGUCUGUCGGCGAAUACAACAUGUACAAGCUGCUUGACUGCUAAUAUAUUACCAUGCCCCACACAAGGGGUAUGCACGAAAAGCGGGAGGAAAUCAUAUAUAUGCAUGCAUGACACACCUAGCAAACGGCAUCGACCUUGUCCACUUAGCAUUUGCGAGGCAGUUCGUGAACAUAUUAAGAACGAUCAUCGGUUCUAUGGACCCUCGUGGAAAAACACCUGUGCUGAGCAAUGGGCAUGCAAUCGCUGGCAAAUUGGGAAAUGUUUUUGCCCCCAGAUGGAUAUAGUGGAGUGACGUCUAUUCGGGAUACAGAUUUCAACGGUGUCAUUAGUGUAAUGUUGAACUGUAAACACUUUGAUAACCUGAUGUCAUUUAGCAUAGCACCGAUGUCGGUUAGUCCGUGUCUUUUAACAAAGGCACGUGACAUUGGCAAAGCUGUCCGACAUUCUCCAUCGUGUGAAGUAACAGACUCUGACCUCAACGACUAUUUUAAUACACUAGAAACAUUGCUCAAGGAUUCCAAGACACUAGCAAACGACAGUAGCGCACAAAAUGCGGUCAGCAAGUUGAAUCUGUUACGAAAUGAGAACACUAUUUCUUUGGCGGAAAUGAGUCACCUGCUGAAAGAUGCACACGAGAUUUUAGGAAAGGCUGAAAACAUUACCAAGGAGCGCAAGGCACAAAUGGAAAUAUACAUGGAACAACUGAAGACAAAACUAGAUGAGCACGCUGAAACACUUAAAGCAAAUAUUACAGAACAUGCAAAUGCGUGCACAAUAGAAAGUAAAAGACUCUUUAAUGAACAUGCAAACACGUGUACUGAAGGAAGUAAAAGAAACAUUUCGGAAUAUGCUCUCACAUGUACAGAAGAAAGUAAAAUAAACUUAACGGAACAUGUAAACACACUGGCAAAGAAGUCCAUACAAGAUAUUCAAGGAGCUAUCUCGUCGAAGAAAGAAAGCGACUAUGAAAAUGAAGUCGAAGAUUUCGUGAGGCGAUUAAAACAGCAUUACAAUUUAACGAUGAGUCACGUGUCGAUAUCAACAUUAUUGCCAAGUGGCGACGAAUUCCUAUAUAAAAUAUAUACAGCGCAUGCAAUAUGCCGAAUAGUUGAGAGCAAUGGCGAUAAUAAAACCGAAAAUCCAAUUACAACGAACAAAGAAAUAUUAUGUAGGGGUGAACAUGAGAAACCACACAAGCGUAUAUUUUUACAAGGCGAAGCUGGAAUGGGAAAGACAACUUUUGCAUGUAAACUAGUAUUGGACUGGUGUAAUCCAGGAGGUGCAUUAUCAUCUAUCUCUAAAACGUUUGGUGACGCGAACACGUUGCAAGAAUAUAAACUUGUAUUAUUAAUUACUUUGAGAGAUUCUGUUUGUGAACGCGAUGUGGCUAAUAUGAUCAAAGAACAGAUAAUCGACAUGGUUUAUACUGAUACAGAACGAAAUGGCGCGUAUGGAAUGCUGAAUAAAAUUAUGCAACAAGAAAUGUGUUUGGUGGUACAAGACGGGUUAGACGAGUGGAAGGAUCCCCAAGGGAAACUAGCUCAGCCUAUCAUGCUUUCCUGUUACAGCCAGUGUACAGUUUUAACUACAACAAGGCCAUGGAAAUUGACAGAUGAACGCAUCAGACAAUCUCAAAUUGACAGCUUAUUUGAACUGAAAGGAGUCAGUGAUCCAUAUGAGCUGUGCAAAUCACUCCUUGACAGCUUUGGGUGCAAUACAUUGAACGAGUUAAAACAAUAUGUAACAAAAAAUAGACUACAUGCUUUACUGUUUUCGCCAAUGUUGCUCUCGCUAAUUGUAAGUUCUUGGGUCGACGGAACACGAUUGACAGGGUCGCUUUGCGAUAUAUACACUGUUUUGAUUGACGGUCUUUUUAAAAAGGGAGUGAAAAUAUCAGCUUUUUUGUUCAGCCACCAUUGAUGUGCUUCCAAAACACACGUUACCUUCAACAACAUUUUGAACAUCUGCAAGCCAUUUCCAAAACAGCAUUUUUAAUGUUGUUUUCAGCAGAGCGGGAACACUCACUGGUUAUAAGCGAUCAACAAUUGUCGCACUAUCUGACACAAGAACAGAAAGACUUUGCCCUUAAGACAGGUAUUAUAACUGAAAGAAAAUGUGUCAGUAGAACAUAUCAAAGAUCAACGUGUUCAUUUAUUCAUAAAAGUGUACAGGAAUUUCUAGCUGCUGUUCACAUAGCACGAAACAGUGCUGAUCUUGUUGUCGUUGCUAAAUUCCAUUGCCGAAAAUUCUAACGCGAUUUUUGAAAAUCAGAUAUUUUUUUUUUGUGCGGUUUAAACAUUUUAUUAGCAAAUGAUUGUCUCGAAUUAUAGACAGCACUACAACUACCAAAAAUUUAUUGUUCACAUACAUAUCGGGGUUCAUCGAAGCGCAAGCAAAUGGCCAGAAUCCGAAUGAUAUUGAUCUUAAACUCAGUCGUUUCAAAGGGUCUUAUUCUGAUUUGAACGAAUACGACGCUUUGCUUCGCAUCUUGCAAAUGAAUAAGUCAAACGCGAAGCUUCUUGAGAUAUCCUCAUUCUCUUCUUUUAAGAUAUUACUGAAAAGGCCAGUGCGUGAGUUUGAUUUAUCUUCUUUUCGAAAUUUUGAAAGCGUCGAAAUGUAUAAAGGAACCGAACUACGACCUUACGUUGUUCACAGAUUUUCACAACUGAAGAAAUUAAAAUUGAAUACAUGUUUAUCCUCAUGCCAUAGACUGGAAGUACUAGAUAUUUUUGACGGAGAAAUCACGCUAAAACCAAAUUCAUUAAAUGGGCUUGCACAACUGAAGACAUUAACGUUGUGGUUUUGUAAAUGUACACAAUUAAACUUAUCAUCAUGUCACAAUCUGGAGACUAUUUUUCUUCUUGGCGAAGAAAUCGCGCUACAUCGGUAUGCAUUUCAUAGACUUGCUAAGCUGAAGAUGUUAAACUUACAUGGCUGUGAGUGCAAAAGCAUGGACUUAUCAUUAUGUCAAAGUCUGGAAACGCUUGAUCUUAGUGGUGACAGAAUCAGGCUACAACCGAACGCCUUGCAUGGACUUGCGCAGCUGAAGAUAUUUAAGUUGUUGUUUUGUAAGUGUACACAAUUAAACUUAUCAUCAUGUCACAAUCUUGAGACUAUUGAUCUUCAUGGCGAAGGAAUCGCGCUACAACCGAACGCCUUGCAUGGACUUGCGCAGCUGAAGAUGUUAAAGUUACAGGGCUGUGAUUGCAAAAGCAUUGACCUAUCAUUAUGUCAAAGUCUGGAAACGCUUGAUCUUCGUGGUGACAGAAUCAGGCUACAACCGAACGCCUUGCAUGGACUUGCGCAACUGAAGAUAUUAAAGUUGAAGGGCUUUGAGUGUAAAUGUUUGGACUAAUCGCAGUGUCCGAAUCUGGAAACUAUACACCUGUGUAAUAGAAUAACACUAAAACCGAAUACCUUUCAUGGACUUGCUCAGCUGAAGAUAUUGAACAUUUAGGGAUGUGAGUGUAAAGGGUUGGACUUAUCAUCAUGGCAUAAUCUGGAAAUAAUAGAUCUGUGUGGCAAACCAAUCACGCUACAGCCUAAUGUCUUAAACGGACUUGCGCAGCUGAAGAUAUUGAAAUUUAAAGACUGUGAGUGUAAAGCCUUGGACGUCUUAUCAUGUCGAUAUCUGGAGACUAUUGAUCUUCGUGGUGAAGGACUCUCGCUUCAACCGAACGCCUUUCAUGGACUUGCACUGCUGAAGAUAUUGGAAAUUGAGGGAUGUGAGUGUAAAAUGUUGGACGUUUGGACUAUCAUCAUGAUACAAUCGGGAGACUAUUGAUCUUCGUGGUGAAGGAAUCACGCUUCAACCAAACGCCUUUCAUAGACUUGCACACCUGAGGAUAGUAAAUGUGGUGGAUAUUCAAUGUAACAGUUUGGACUUUUUUUCAACAACCAUAAUAUAUUGUCAACGUGCAUUAAUAGUAUUUAUUAUAAUUAUGUGUUCCUGUAAUAUCCAACUGGCAUAUAAUCCAGGGCUGUGUUUUGCUAUUAUUCAACUGUAUAGUUUAAAUUGCUGCUGGCGAAAAGACAUCGGUAGUAUUAAUAGUAUUUUUGAUAAUAAUGUGUUCCUUAAAUAUCCAACUGGCAUAUAAUCCAGGGCUGUGUUUUGCUUUUAUUGAACUGUAUAGUUUAGAAUAAUAGUUCUUCACGUGUGUAUUUGUAAUACAGAUAUAUAAAAUAGGUGUUUGUAUGGUUCUUAAAUUCAAAUGGUAUAAUUUUCUUAACACUAUUGAUUAAAAACUUUUGUAUGUAGUGUAUGCACAUUUGAUAACCAUAUGUUUCUGUGUAACAGGAUCUGAAUUGUUCAAUUAAUUGUGUACUAUAAGUUAUUGUUUACAUAAACGAGUAUUUCGUAUAAGAAGAUGGAAUUGCAUUUUGAACUAUCCUUUGUAAUAAAAAAUAAUAUAAAAAUACAGUGAUUUCCAUAAAGAAUAAUUCAUAGGGUACUUGGAACAAAUAGACUUUUGAACAAAAUAAAAAUAAAUGAUGAUCCAUUGUGUUCUUUUUGCAAACAAAGUGAGGAAAAUUUAGAACAUUUAUUCUAGGAAUGUCAGAAAUCUGAAGCAUUAAGUGAUGAGAUAUUACCAAGAUAAUUGUGUUGUUUUUUUUCAUGAAUAAGAAAAAUUGUCUUCAUGGGUAUUUAACAAAGUCAGCAAGAGCCAUAAUAAUGGUAUUUUGUUUAUUUAACUAUACUUACACAUGUGUAAAAUAAAUAAUGUCAUACCAAACAUUAAUGGAGCCAAACAAAUACAUAAAGUAUGAAUAUAACUUAAGAAAAAUAUCAAUUUCAUGAAAUAAUUCAGAAUCCUUUGAGAUUGAAUGGGAAUUGUUUACUUAUAUUGUAGAACAAACGUAGUAUUUAAAGUUUAUGAAUAUUGAAGUUCUUUACAACUUUGUACAAGCACUAUUUUUAACUCAAAGAACCAAGUUGUAAUCUUAAAAAAAAUAUAUGUUGGACCUAUAUAUCAUAACUCACAAUUACAUGUCCUAUUUUGUUCAACCUUUUUUUACCUCACCUGAGCACAACGUGCUCAUGGUGAGCUUUUGUGAUCGCUUUUUGUCCGUCGUCCGUUGUGCGUUGUGCGUUUUGCGGCGUCAACAUUUGCCUUGUUAACUCUCUAGAGGCCACAUUUAUUGUCCAAUCUUCAUGAAAUUUGGUCAGAAGAUUGGUUUUUAUGAUAUCUUGGAUGAGUUGAAAAUGGUUACGUUUGCUUGAAAAACAUGGCUGCCAAGGGGCGGGGUAUUUUUCCUUAUAUGACUAUAUAUGGCUAUGGUAAAAUCUUGUUAACACUCUAAAGGCCACAUUUAUUGUCCAAUCUUCAUGAAACUUGAUCAGAAGAUUCAUCCCAAUAAUAUCCUGGACGAGAAAAACAUGGCCACCACGAGGGCGGGGCUAUUUUCCUUAUAUGGCUAUAGUAAAACCUUGUUAACACUCUAGAGGUCACAUUUAUUCUCCGAUCAUCAUGAAACUUGGUCAGAAGAUUUGGCCCAAUGAUAUAUUGGAUUAGUUCGAAAAGGGUUUUGGUUGCUUAAAAAACAUGGCAACCAGGAGCGGGGCAUUUUGCCUUAUAUGGCUAUAUAUAUAUGGCUAUAGUAAAACCUUGUUAACACUCAAGAGGCCACAAUUAUUGUCCAAUUUUCAUGAAAUUUGAUCAGAAGAUUGGUCUCAAUGAUAUCUUGGAUGAGUUUAAAAAUAAUUAUGUUUGUUUGAAAAAAAUGGCAUCCAGGGGGCGGGGCAUUUUUCCCUAUAUGGCUGUAGUAAAAUCUUGUUAACACUCUAGAGGCCCCAUUUACUGUCCGAUCUUCAUGAAACUUGGUCAGAAGAUUCAUCCCGAUAAAAUCCUGGACGAGUUCAAAAAUGAUGCCGGUUGGUUGAAAAACAUGGCUGCCAGGGGGCGGGGUAUUUUUCCUUAUAUGGUUAUAGUAAAACAUUGUUAACACUCUAGAGGCCACAUUUAUUUUCCGAUCUUCGUGAAACUUGGUCAGAAGAUUUGUCCCAAUAAUAUCUUGUUAUUUCAGGUGAGCGACUUUGGGCCUUUCAGGCCCUCUUGAUUUAUCUGAAUAUGCAAACACUUUUUGCUUUAAAAAAAUAUACAUACUUUAAUUAUGUAUUCAUCCUUGAAAAAGUCUUUUUUAAACGUACCUAUUUGUGUUUUUUUAUGCAUUUUUUUCCUCUGAAUAUGCAUAUUUACAAAUUAUUACAAUUUACACUUAGUUAAAAUAUGUUUACUUACUGGAAAAUCUAGUUGUGUACGUUUUUUCUUUAUAAAUACUUUUUUAUUGUUAUUUGAAACACAAAUUGCACGCUGUCUUAUAUUUACAGCAUGUUUUCGUAGAAUAUUUCAAUUAAAAACAAACAUGUUCUAAGAUAUUAAGCAUUAGUUUUAAAUUGUGCGUAUUAUGUGUAAGUCCUUAUUUUCGUAUGGAUAAGGUAGGGAUUUUUUUCACCUUUUAUGCUAAUGGCUUUGUCUUUGUGCGUCACUGCCUAUAAUUAUAAAGAUAAAGUAUGACUUUAGA